GCCAGUUCAGAGAUCAAUCUUCCAGUAACAAGGCUGAAGUUAAGAACUGGGGGAUGAUAAUGUCACGAGCAAUCCAUACAGCUACAGUAGGUACCAAGGUUGCUGAGGGGGUGGCGUUGAGACUGACUGCAAGUGGACGCUCACAUGUUAACAGUAAGGAGCUGGUCGACUACAUCACACAGUACCUGGGCUCCAUCAGGGAGAGACGGGUGAUUCCAGAUGUGAAGCCAGGUUACAUGAAGGAGCUUCUCCCCGACACAGCGCCCACAGAGCCGGAGGACUGGGAGAGUAUCUUCAACGACAUUGAGAAAGUCAUCAUGCCAGGAGUGGUUCACUGGCAGAGCCCUCACAUGCAUGCCUACUACCCCAGUCUGACUUCAUGGCCUUCCAUGCUUGGAGACAUGCUGGCUGAUGCCAUCAACUGUGUUGGAUUCACCUGGGCCUCCAGCCCAGCGUGCACAGAACUGGAGAUGAACGUGAUGGACUGGUUGUGUAAAGCACUGGGGCUCCCCUCCUUCUUUCUGCAUCACCAUCCUGACAGCAGAGGUGGAGGCAUUCUGCAGAGCACAGUCAGUGAGAGCACACUGGUCGCUCUGCUGGCAGCCAGAAAAGACAAAAUUACGCAGCUGAGGGAGGAGCUCGACCAGGAUGUAGAUGACUCGGUCCUAAAUUCAAGACUGGUGGCCUAUGCUUCAGACCAAGCUCAUUCCUCAGUUGAGAAGGCAGGUCUGAUCUCCCUGGUGAAGAUCACGUUUCUUGCCACUGAUGAGAAGUUGUCUCUGAGAGGUGACACUUUGAGACAAGCCAUACAGGAGGACAGGAGGAGGGGACUGGUCCCUUUCAUGCUAUGUGCAACUUUGGGAACCACAGGAGUCUGUGCCUUCGACAACUUGUCUGAACUGGGACCAGUCUGUGCAGAAGAGGGACUGUGGCUCCAUGUUGAUGCUGCAUACGCCGGCUCAGCCUACUUCUGUCCUGAGCUCCGCUGGUCCCUGCAGGGCAUUGAAUUUGCUCACUCUUUUGUCUUCAACCCCUCCAAGUGGAUGAUGGUCCAUUUUGACUGCACGGCUUUCUGGGUCAAGGAUAAAUAUAAGCUCCAGCAGACGUUCACUGUUGAUCCUGUUUACCUCCGACAUGAAAACUCACAGGCAGCCACAGACUUCAUGCACUGGCAAAUUCCUCUCAGCCGACGUUUCCGUUCUCUCAAACUCUGGUUUGUGAUGCGCUCCUUUGGACUUAAAAACCUCCAGGCUCAUAUCAGACAUGGGAUUGAGAUGGCGAAGCUCUUGGAGUCUCACAUAAGAAGUGAUCCAAAUUUUGAGGUUCCUGCAGAGAGGCACCUCGGCCUGGUGGUCUUCUGUCUGAAAGGAGGAAAUAAUUUGACCCAGGAGCUGCUGAGGAGACUGACCCGGUCAGGCACCAUGUACCUCAUCCCUGCAGACAUUCACACCAAGCGUAUCAUCCGAUUCACGGUGACCUCACAGUUCACCACCGCAGAUGACAUCCUUAAGGACUGGAACAUCAUCUCCAAAACGGCUUCGGCUCUUCUGGCUGAGAUGCAGGCACUGAAUAAUGCAGACCAACCAAAAUUAGGGAAAGACGAGGUGAUAGACGAAAACCAAGACCCCAACUCAGGCACCAAGUCUGAGGAGAGAGAUGAUGCUGCCUUCAGUCUGGAUAAGGCUCAGGUGGAGCUGUGGAUUGACAAGGCCUGGAAUCGAUCUCGGAGACCAAUGCGGUCUCUUAGCUGUAGCAGCGAGCCGUACACUUACACUGGGCCGCUGUCUGGCUAUGACUUCGACACAAGGCCUGGUCUUAAAGAUGCUGCAGGAGCCCUCCCCAGUGCGCCAUCAGCAGCAGGAUCUGGUCCUAUGUUUAAGAUCACAGAGAUGCCUUCAAAUCUUCUGGGUAAACAGGUCCUGAAAAAGCUGACAAAGUUCUACAGCGUGCCCAGUUUCUGCAACCAGUGGGUGCAGUGCGGCCGGCACCAGCUGUGUUGCCCCGUGAAGGUCUCACAGGGAACUCAAAAACACUUGUCCUCCACCUGCAGAAGAAUAAACUGUAUCUCCUCUUCUCCUGUAACCAACACAGCCCCCUCUCCUACUCCACUGGAAACUGCCACUGCACCCAAGCUCCUGUAAAGAUGCUGAAAGCAGUGUACAAUAACACACA